AAUAUGAAUUCUAAAGACAAGAUGACAGCUCAAGAGAUGCAUAUAGAACUUAAAGAGUUUACACAAUCUGGAGAAAUUGAUAAUAAUAACAUCUCUCAAGUAUCUACAAUUCAUAACUGA